GCUUUCUGUACCAUGGCAUGGGCCAAGCGCACUUCACAGUGCACACUGCCUGCAUCUUGCAUGCAUGUCACUGCACCGAAGGCUGGAAGGCGGUGAACUUACUGAAGGCUUCGGCAAGUGAAAAAACACGGAUGGCAAGGUUUUAGGAGGUAACAGAUUUUUGCUACUGUUCUGUAGAGGCCAGAGUCAAUGUGUUGUGUGGCUGUGAAGGCAGUGUUGCUUUCCAAGCCACCUUCAUCUUCUGGGUGCUUCUUACGCACAGCCUAAGCUUUCGAGGCAUGACAUGGUAUGAUCUGUAUGUAAUGUGAGCCGACAACCUUUGUAAGUUAUAGUAUACGUUUGAUCUGGAGUUGCGACCCAACCAUGGAUCUCGACCUUGAUGCUGUUCAGGACCGCUUUUUUCAAGGACCAGAGACACAAGACGAAGUGAAAGACAGGCCAGAUGAUUUAUGUAGUCUCAGUGAGCUUUCGGAGGACACCCUCCUCAAAAAUCUUCAACGGCGCUUCGCCGAAGGCAUCAUCUACACAUAUGUGGGUACAAUCUUGGUUUCCGUCAACCCCUUCAAGUACCUUCCUAUUUACAACCCCAAGUUUGGAGAGCUGUACCGUGGGCGUCGUCUAGAUGAUCCGAGCCUCCGGCCUCACGUGUUCGCCAUUGCAGAUGAUUCGUUCACGUCGAUGGUCCGUAACAAGAAAAAUCAAUGUAUCGUGAUUAGUGGAGAGAGUGGCAGUGGAAAAACUGAAGCCACAAAGCUACUCUUGCACCAUGUUAUGCAAGUCAGUGCCAAAGUGCCCACCAGCGAGGAACUUCGCAGGAUUCUCGGUACUGCCCCCGUCUUGGAAGCGUUUGGAAAUGCCAAGACCGUUUCAAACAACAAUUCCAGCCGCUUUGGAAAAUUUGUCAUUCUCAACUUCAGGUCCAAUGGCUCGUACCAAGGUGCCUCCAUUGAGAAGUAUUUGCUUGAGAAGUCCCGUCUCAUCCAGCAAAGCCAGAUGGAAAGGAAUUACCAUAUCUUCUACCUCUUGCUUGCUGGUGCUGACAAGAAGUUGCGGACAAGGUUCUUUCUGUCUACGGACACGACGAAGUAUCAGAUUCUCUCUGGCACGGAGGAUCCUGCCGGAAAGUGCUACACCGUACCCGACGUUGAUGAUGCCAAGGAGUUUGAAGCUCUCAACGAGAACAUGCGCGUGUUUUUCACGCCCAACCAAAUUCAGCAGGUGUUCCAGUUGAUCGCAACCCUACUUAAUCUGGGAAACAUUGGCUUCACUGAUGACGAGUCUGGAGAAGGGUCAGUGGUCAACACUAAUGACUCGCUGCGUGUUGUCAGCAAUCUUUUGCGGGUUCACCGUGAAACACUAGGUGUCGCUCUGGUUACUAAGAAGACCGUCAUUCGUGGCCAGGAAUUCUCCUGCCGCUUCAAUGUGCAAGAGGCUGAAGACAACAAGUGGGCCAUGGGCAAGUGCCUGUAUGAAGCUCUCUUUGAUUGGAUUGUGGCGAAGCUCAACAAUAAGCUCGGCAAUUCCCACACAAAGACCAAAGAUACCGUGUCAAUCGGUAUCCUGGAUAUCUUUGGCUUUGAAGACUUCCAGCGCAACAGCUUUGAGCAGUUCUGCAUCAAUUAUGCCAACGAGCAGCUCCAGCAGUACUUCAUCAAGCACAUCUUCCAGUUGGAGCAGACUGAGUAUGAGCGCGAGGGGAUCAAUUGGAGCUCUGUGCAGUAUGUGGACAACCAUGCGUGUUUGGAGCUGCUGACAAAGCGACCAACCGGUCUUUUCCAUCUUAUAGAUGAGGAGAGCAGAUUGGCACAGGGAAAUGACAAGUCACUCUUUGAGAAAUGUUCCCACACGCACAAGUCACAUUCUUGCUUCGAAGUGCCACAUCAACGCGGUGUUUUCAUUGUGCAGCAUUACGCCGGUCAUGUGACGUACACUGUUGAUGGUUUCCGUGACAAAAACAGAGACUUGAUGCGCCAGGACAUCAUCCACGUGCUGCAAAACAGCCGCACGCCGUUUAUCCGCGAGCUUAUCUUCAAAGAAUCCUCUGCUCUCCGGAGAUGGCGCAAGGCAUUUGACAUCAUUUCCAGCAUUCAGUACUGGAAGUUGAUUUCAGCAUCGGAGGAGGACGUGCAGGAUGAUGAUACCAAUCAGCUGUGUCCUAUCGAUCUCCGUAAGAAGAGAAAGUCAUGGCAUCUGCACAAGCGCGCCAGUGUUGAUAUGGCACAAGUUGCCAAGAUUCAGAAGCCUGCGCCUGAGAAGGAGACAGCUAAAAAGUCUAACAAGAGUCCCACGGUCGGUGGGCAGUUCAUGACAUCUCUCAAUGUGCUCAUGGAGUCGCUCGGACAGUCUAGCCCCUACUUUGUGCGCUGUAUCAAGUCCAAUCCUACACAGCAACCGCUGGCGUUCGAUGAAAAGAAAAUCAUCACGCAGCUCCGGUACUGUGGUAUGCUGGAAACAGUGCGCAUUCGUCAACUCGGUUAUAACAUCCGUAUGCCGAUCGGAGAAUUCUUGGAUCUCUUUGGAAUCCUCGUGCCCAGCUCUGCGAUCGGUAACACACAGCAGUUGGUAGAGGCUCUUUUGGAAGAUCGAGCAAUCAGCAAAGACCAGGCGCAAGUUGGAUCUUGCAAGGUGUUCAUGAAGUCUUACAUUGAGCGCAACUUGCAAACUGCAGUCCAGGCCCGCCUCACGCAUGUAGCUGUUGUCAUUCAACGUUGUUUCCGCCGCUUCCUUGCCCGCCAGCGAAAGGCAAGAGCACUUCAGAAUGUGGACCGCAGUAGUGUCAGUCGAUCAUCCAGAGUUGACAGUGUGGAUAUUGCGCCAUAUGAGCACGGAAUGGUGUCAAGGCAGUCUAUUUGCUCGGAGAGUGACCUGAUAUUAGGUACCAAUCAAGAAACAUCUGCCUCUGCUCUGACAGAUAUAUCUCUUGAUAUGGAUGAGUUGGAUGAGUUGGAUGAUGAUCUUCCUGCUGCUCUUCCUGCUUCUCCUCGUUCUGCUUCAAGCCAUCACUACGAGCAAUUCACACCUGCAAAAGCAAUGCAGCGUUCAAUGUCACACCAUGGGUUUGGGAAACUCGAUGCCUCCAAAUCAAUGCAGGACAUUGCAUCAGCCGACUCAGAUAGCGCAGUGCAAACUGAAGAAAGUCCGACCUCGCCACCUGAAGACACUCCACCCACGCUGGGCGACGAAAUUCCAUCAUCACCUUCUGCAAGUGCACCUAGUCGAAACUUCGAAAGAGCCAAGUCCAUGGUUGGAUUGAGAUCUCAGUCGGACACUAGAUUGUUUAAACCAGCAAGCAAGGCAAAGCCAGUACCCAUACCAAAGAAAAGAACAUCGCUAGCGCAGGAGCCAGAGAGACCGUCUUCUCUCACAACAGACUCCAGUCCAAGUAGGCAGCCAAAGCCCCCAGCCAAGUAUCGGGGGGCUUCAUCAGGGAAGCGUACAAUCUCUGAACCUCCAUCACCUAUGCUGGUGGAAGAGAGAGAGUUGGAAUCGUCAGAGGCGAGUACGAAGAAGUCAGAUGAACUUGACGUACUGACCGAAGAUCAGCCAGAACAGGCUGCCGAGAAAUCUGAAACAUCUUCCGCCCAAGAACCAAUGUCACCUCCCGGCGAUCGACCGUGCUCACCACCCGCACAACCAGUGUCGCCACCAAAACAGCCAAUUCCCCCAGCCCAUGAAACACCACGAGUACCUGCAGCGGAAGAACCAAAGACAGCACCCGAAUCAAAAACAGCACCCCAACCAAAAACAUCACCCCAAGAGCCAAAGGAAGUGCCUAAGGCACAAACCAAAGCUGAGCCUUCGACACCAGUCAAAGAAGAAAAGAAAGAAAUUCCACCAGACUUCUACCACAAGUUGACAUCAGCUAGCAAGAAGUCGUUGAUGUGUGGAUACUGUGGAAAGCAGCUUGGCUCACAAGUGAAGAAAUCCGUGACUUGCACUGCAUGUAAUACCAAUUAUCAUCCCGACUGCAUGCCACUUGAUGGUAUCUGCAACAAGAGUGAGCACAGCGGCCAGAAGAGAAUCAUAAUCGCAUCGCUUGGCGACUGCGAUCGAUUUGGUACAUGUCUCGUGUCACGGUUGGCCCGUCUAAAAACGAUGAAGAAGCUCUCACGCGAUGACCGUCUCUUCCGUGAUACCCUGAAAGAGUAUCACAGUGGCUUCAUUCUUCAGUUUUCGGUUGGAGUGAAGACAGGUGCUGCUUCGGGCUGGAAUAAGUUCAGCUUGUCGCGGCAGCUACUUGAAGACAAUUUUGAAAUCUUGAUGACUGCACUCCUGCCCAGUCAUUCCAAGGCCAACUUUGUCCUCUGUAAGAAGACGUUUGCUCAGCUGCUGGAUGACUUUGAGGCCGCCGGAAACUCAUCACACUCAUCUUCUGGCAGUCUCUAUGAUCUUGCACCGAUGUCGUCCAAGUCGCGCAAGGAAGAGAGCAACAAGUCAUCCCGGGACAGGAAGGAGGAGAAGAUGAUUGAGCAUAACGGACAUCGAUUCCAGAUGGAGAAUUUCACCGUACCGACUACUUGUGAGCAGUGCAAGAAAACGUUGAUGGCUAUGGAGGAAGGCGCUGUUUGCCAAGUGUGCAAGACGACUGUCCAUCCAUUGUGUAUCAAGAAGAUCAAGUCUGACUGCAAACACAAGGGAGAAUCUUUAGGACAAUGGAAUGGUGACAUAUAUGGUGCCACUUUGACGCAAAUGUACACCGUGACGAAGCUCCACAUCCCGACUGUCCUGGAAAUGAUCUUCAAUGAAAUCGAAAAUCGAGGGCUCUUCACCCCUGGACUGUACAGAAAGGGAACAAGUCCAGCAGCUCUCAAGCGCCUUCGUCACAUGCUAUCAAGUAGUCGCAAUGGAAUGAACAUGGAUCUGUCCAGCUUUGACGCACACGUUAUGGGUGCAGCCGUCAAGGGGUUCUUGAGAGAACUAAAGGAAGCAACCAUCCCAGAGCACAUGUACAAGAGUUUUGUGGAGUCUGCAAGGGCUGAAGAAAGCGAACGGAAGAAGUUGGUUCUUGAACUCAUUCCCAGUUUGCCACCUGCCAAUCAGUUUUUCCUUGAGCGUCUCAGUUUCCAUUUGGCAAGAGUUGCUCAGAAUGAAUCUGCCAACAACAUGAAUGCAAAUAACUUGGCCAUCAUUUUCGCUCCCAUCGUCAUUGUUCCGCCGCGCUCUAUGGGGGCAAUGGAAGCUCUUCAGCAAGUCUCACUCCAAUCUGCCGUUAUGGAAACAUUCAUUGGAGCCACCCUCAGCCGCUUGGUCAGCGCUGUCAGCGAAAUAACUGAGAUCGAAACUGAGAAAGCUGUUAUUCAACAAACUAUCGAAGAGCACAUUAAAAAAGAAGCAAGCAAGCCGAACAGUCUUGUUGCAAGUCGUGCUUCAAGUCCUCCUCCUGAGCCGGCUGUAGCUCCAGCGAAAGAUGACACAGAUGACAUCAAGAAGACGCAGGCACCUGCCCAUUCUAGACUUCCCCGCUUGUCAGGCCCACCUCAGAUUGACCUCAGUGCGCUUGAGGCUAUUGGUGCCGACUCCGUCAUCAAGAACCUGCAGAAGAAAAUGGCAAUGCUCGAGAGUCAGAAGAAAAAUCUUACGUCCAAUGUUCAGUCUUUGGAUAUUGAUGAUGGUGAUGAAGAUAAGCCAGCUGCUACUCCUAUUGGACUCAAAGCUGGCUUUCAACUGCCUAUGAUGGGUGUCCCACCAAAGCUUCGUCAGAAGGCACCAGUGGCCUCACCACUCGCCCAACCAGGUGCCAGACCAAUUCCUAGGCCGCCACAGAAGAAAGCUACUACUAAGGCAGGCAAAGCUGGGGGUCUUGAUGUGCCUGCUACUGAAGAUGAUUUUGGCCCAGCCCCUGUCCUCACCCAUGUCAACAAGGGACGGCCACGCGGUGCCGGAGGAAGGCGGCCGCCAACCAGAGCUCAUCGCCAGGCUGUCGCUGCAGAGGCAGAGGCAGACGCAGAAGCUCAAUAGCUGGCCACCUGCAUCUCUUGUAAUGCCCGUGCUUGGCAAGGGUAUAUGUACGCGCUGUAGUGCAUCUGCUUGCCUUGCCAGAUCCUGAAGAAACGACAGUGUCUGUGUGCUGGCUUCGUAACCGUUUCUGCUCAACUGAACUUCUUGUCCACCGGCAAUUCUUACACAAACCCCAUCAGCGUUCGCUUCCUAACCCUUUUUGUUUGCUUCACACACGUUGGUGUGUAGUCCUCCCAACUCUGGGUCAUCUGUACACUCCAGGAAGCCACUUUCCUCUGGUAGCAAUUGCCAGUCUCGGAGUUUCUUUCCCAGCCCUGUGCUGCCUUCAUACCCUCUUAAUAUUAUUAUUCUGCAUUUGCAUGCACGCCUGCACACUUGGUAGGAGCACACACACACACAUACGCAUACACCUGUACCUAUUUUCCAGUUGCUGUUCCCCUGUCCCCCUCCCAUUUAGUUACUAACAAUAACCUCCAUGCUGCCACCAUUCCCUCUAUGAUGCUGCAUUCCAACCAGCUCAAAGAAAUGGUCAUUUUGCAGAAUAGUAUUCAGUCGUUAUCCGUUCUAUGUUUGUUUGCCUGUGCAUGUACGCCCAGACUUUUACAUACUGACACGUUUUGUGUGCAGCUGGGUUUUCUCCCUCAUCUUCUCCCACCCAGUGCCGUACUUUGUACAGAUCUGACCGACGGACACCGCGUUUUGCUUGAGUGGACAUUGUGUAUCUUAUCUUCUAUAGCUUCAUUUCACAGGUUUAUUUCCGGCUUCCUGCUGAGUUAUUUUAUUCGUUUGAGCCCCCCCCCCCCCCCCCCAUCUGCUUAUCGUAUCUAGACAAACUUCUAUUUAUUUCUUCGUUGUCUUUAAGUUUUACGGUGUUCUUCUCGCUCACAAUUGUCUGCACCAAAUUGCUCAUGUUUGUUGGAACUGAAGCACUACGCCGUCCGUUGCAACACCUGCUACCGUGUUUCUUUCUUGAC